GCCACCUCCAUCUUUAUAACAACACCCACACAAACAAGAAAAAUGGUUAAAUUCGCAACCUUGAAAAACCAAACCAGAGAUGGCAGAUUAAUCAUUGUCAACAAGGAAGGUACACACUAUGCCGAAGUCCCAAGCGAAAUCAGUACAACCAUGCAACAAUUAUUAGAUGAUUGGGAUAAUUUAUAUCCAAAAGUUGAAGAAUUAUACAAGACCAUACAAUUCACUCAUGAAUUGUCAUCACAAAAUUUAAUGGCUCCACUUCCACGUUCCUAUGAAUGGAUCGAUGGUAGUGCAUACAUUAAUCACAUUGUUCUUGUUCGUAAAGCACGUAAUGCUCAACCUCCAGAAACACUCCGUACAGAUCCAUUAGUUUAUCAAGGAGGAAGUGGCACUUUUAUUGGACCAAAUCAAGAUGUUGAACAUUUUAGUGAAGAUUAUGGAAUUGAUUUUGAAGGUGAAGUUGCUGUUAUUGUAAAGGAUGUGCCAAUGGGUACUAAAGCUGAUCAAGCUGGUCAAUAUAUCAAAUUGGUCAUGAUUUGUAAUGAUGUUUCUUUACGUAAUUUAAUUCCAAAGGAAUUGGAAAAACAAUUCGGAUUCUUUGUUUCAAAGCCAUCUAGUAGUUUCUCACCUUUUGCUGUUACUUUGGAUGAAUUGGGUGAAUUGUGGAAGGAUGGCAGAUGUCAUGGUGAUUUGAUUUCACAUUUGAAUGGUAAAUUGUUUGGUAAUCCAAAUGCUGGACCAGAAAUGUUCUUCUCAUUCCAUGAUUUAAUUCAACACGUUACACAAACUCGUGCUCUCACUGCUGGUACUAUAAUUGGAAGCGGUACUGUCAGUAAUGAAGAUCAAUCACGUGGUAGUUCAUGUAUUGCUGAAAAGAGAAUGAUUGAAAAGAUUGAAACUGGUCAAUUUACAACUCCAUUCAUGAAGUUUGGUGAUAGAAUUCAAUUGGAAAUGUUUGAUAAUAAUAAGGUUUCAAUCUUUGGUCAAAUUAAUCAAACAGUUGUCCAAAAGAAAUAAAGUUAUUUUGCGUAUCCUC